AUGCUAUUCAGACCAAGGAACGCUCUCACCAUCUCUGCAUCGCUCAAGAACGUCUUAUCACCGUCUCGGUUACAGUCAAGGAACGCAAUGGCAAUCUCUCAAAAGUCUAGUGCCAAAAUACUUGCCCUCGAUGCAGGUGGCACGGUGUUUGCUGAAUAUACAGGUCUAGCUGUCAAGCAUAAUGCAAUCAACCUGGGUCAAGGAUUCCCGACUCUGCCUGUUCCAGAGUUCAUACGAAACGCGGCACAUACUGCUGUUAGCUCCAUAAACCCGCUGCAUCAGUAUGCACGAAGUGAAGGCCACACUCGUCUAGUACACUCGCUAGCCAAGUACUAUGAACCUAAGCUUGGUAGAAAGCUCGAUCCAAUGACCAACAUAAUCACAACUGUCGGAGCAACUGAAGCCAUCUACUCGACCAUACAAGCAUUCGUAAAUCCCGGUGAUGAAGUCAUCCUCAUGCAGCCAUACUAUGAUUCAUAUCCUGCUUCUGUUACAAUGGCUGGAGGCAAACCAGUUGUUGUGUCGUUGAAACCACCUACAGAUCGCCCAGCACUCACGUCAGACGAUUUCAAGCUGGACUUGAAGGAAGUAGAAGCUGCUAUAACUCCACGUACAAAAGCCAUCAUGGUGAAUAAUCCUAACAAUCCAAUCGGGAAGGUGUUUACUCGUCAAGAAUUAUUAGGCAUUCUAGAUAUUGCCACUCGACACGAUAUAUUGGUGUUUGCUGACGAGGUCUAUGAAUCGCUGGUGUACACUGACUCUGUUUCACCAAUGAUCAAAUUCGCCACACUUCCGGGUGCAUGGGAACGCACAAUUACCUUUGGAUCAGUCGGAAAGACUCUUGGGUUAACUGGCUGGAAGAUUGGUUGGGUAUUAGGCCCACAAGAACUUGUGAGGAGCGUGUGGAUGGUACAUCAAUUUGUUCCUUAUGCGAUUGUGACUCCUCUGCAAGAAGCUACAGCUCAAGCUUUGGAUGAAGCAUCAACGAACAAUUAUUUCAAGGAUAAUCUGAAACUAUACGAAAAACUACGAGACAAGCUGGUACAUACAUUGAAAUCAGUUGGACUGACUCCUAUCGUUCCUCAUGGUGGAUAUUUCAUAUUAGCAGACACUACAUCAAUCCCAGAUCCAGCUCAGCUCCCUCAAAGCAAGAUUCAAUCGUCGCCAACAUUGCAGUUGGCAGCUGCUGAUCACCGCGGACGGGAUUAUCGUGUAACGGCUAUUCCACCCUCGGCGUUCUACGUGCCUGGUAGUCCUCAGCAACAGCACGUAGCGGGGAACAUGGCAAGAUUUGCCUUUUGCAAACUUGAAGACCAUUUGGAGAGUGGAGGAAAAAACCUAGAGAAAUACUUUUCAUCGAAAAUCUAG